AUGGCUACGGCAGCAACAUCCGUCACCAAAUCCACCAUUCCCAAGUUUCGCUACUUGACCGCAUGGUUUUGUCCCUACCUUGUCCCUGCAAUGGCCAACAAACGUGCUUUCUCACACAAAAUGUGGGGCGCUGUUUGUUUUUUGGUGGUUCCUGCAAUCGAUAGUGCGCAUCGUGCGACGUUGGCUUUGGAACACCAUCAGGGUCGUGUGGACUACGAAUCGGUCGAAGCCUUGGGUUGGUAUCAAGGUGACGACGAAAAGAACGUCACUGGAACGGGUAAGGAAUGGUACUACCACUGGAAGGCGGACGAACUGCUACGGGUGAACCCUUCGGCCUUGGUUCCCACCCUCAUUCCCAUCGACGCGACUACCGAUACGCCAAUCGAAGAAAGGGCGGUAUUCGAAUCACUCGUGGCGAUCGAUUACAUUGAUGCCGUAAGUGGAGCGACCGGAACAGAUCGAUUGGUAUCCGUAGACCCGUACCAGGCGGCGCGGUCGCGUAUCUGGACCGAUCGAGUCAAUCGUGACUGCUGUUCGCCGUACUAUGGCGUGCUGGUACGCAAAGAAGACGACGAGCGACGAGAACAUUUUGCAACCCUGGUCAAAGGACUGACGUCGUUUUCCCGGGAACUCGAAAAGACGGACGGCCCCGUCUUUUUACCUGACGGGCAGCUUUCCAACGUAGAUUUGGCACUCAUUCCCUGGGCGUUUCGGUAUUACGUGUUGCAGCAUUACCGUGGUCCCGAUUUUGCCAUUCCACAGACCCCCGCACUGCAGCCAUAUCACGCUUGGUUCGAUCACGUUAUGAAUCUGGAGCGUGUCCAGCGGACCCUGCCCGACAAGGACCGGUACCUCGCGCAUAUUUUCAAAUACGCCGAUGGCAGUGCACGAUCGCGGGUGGCCAACGCGGUCCGUCGUGGAGUGGCAGCACACGAAUUAGACGAUGACAAGGACGAAUCACACCCGCACACGAACGAAACGAAUACCAAACCAUAAUUAAUCUCCAUAACUUGGGCUCUUGCCUAUGAUUUUUAUU